AUUAUUUAUAUCAAACCAUAGCCGCGGGACCCGACACCACGCCCGCCGGAACCGCGCGUUCUUGUUCGUCCUCGCCGACAAUGCCCUCUUUAUCUUGUCAACCGGCUCACCGGGUGCCGGCCGGAUCGAAUCGGCCGUCGUAACAGGCAUAGCCAAUCGGGGGUGUCGGUCUGCCCACCCGGGGAUCGCGACGUGGAAGAGUCCUAGUGCGUCAACCGGUGGUGAUACCGGCCGAUGCGGGGGUUUGUCAAGCGCCAUCUUGAGCCCGCUCCAUAGAACGGCACCGUCUUCGAAACACGACGUUCCGUCGAAGCGUAUAUACACCACCUAGCUUAUCCACACCAUUCAGUGGUCCUCACUGAUUCGAAACGGAAUCAGGUUUUGGCUGAAUUAAAGUGUCCGAAACCCAACCUUUAACAUGUCUCCCAACGACCGAAACCGGCCCAAAGUCCUUCGACUGGGUGUCAUUGUACACGCGCAUUCAGCCUGGGCCUCUGUCGAGGAGAUUGCUGAUGUCUUCACGCCCAAGUCAACCAACCGCGCCGACUUCCUGGAAGAGGCAGCCUCAGGAGCAUUCGACGGCUGCGUUGCAGCAUACCGCACAUUCGACAGCUUUGAAGUGACGGGAAAGAUUGAUGGCGAACUCCUCGACGCGCUCCCUCGCUCACUCCGCUUCGUCUGCCACAACGGCGCGGGUUACGACCAGGUGGACGUCCAGGCUUGCACCGCCCACAAUAUCCGCGUUUCCAACACGCCGACGGCUGUCGACGAUGCGACGGCGGAUAUCGGCAUCUUCCUGCUACUGGGCGCGCUCCGGAACCUAGCCGUGGGCAUGGCGGCAAUCCGAGCCGGAGAGUGGCGGGGAUCAACCCUCCCGGCGCUGGGGCACGACCCUCAGGGAAAGGUACUCGGGAUUCUGGGGAUGGGCGGCAUCGGCCGUAACAUGGCGGCAAAAGCGCGGGCAUUUGGCAUGAAGAUUCGCUACUACAACCGCACGAGACUGGCCUCCGAUAUCGAGGCGGAACUCGGGGCGGAAUAUGUCGGCUUCGACGAGCUGUUGGCAGAGAGUGAUGUCCUGAGCUUGAACCUGCCCCUGAAUGCAAAUACCCGACACAUCAUAUCUCAAGGAGAGUUUGCCAAGAUGAAGAAGGGCAUCGUGAUCGUCAACACGGCACGAGGCGCCGUGAUAGACGAGGCCGCGCUUGUGGAGGCUCUCGAUUCGGGGCAAGUCUGCUCGGCGGGCCUCGACGUUUACGAGCAAGAGCCCUGCGUCCAUCCCGGCCUGCUAUCGAACCCCCGUGUCCUCCUCGUGCCGCACAUGGGCACCUGGACGGUGGAAACGGAGACAAAGAUGGAGGAGUGGGCCAUUAGCAACGUCCGAAUGGCUAUCGAACAGGGGCGGCUUCGAAGUAUGGUCCCGGAGCAGCGCGAUAUGUGAGGAUAAAGGAAAGAGUAGCCGUCCCAUAAACACCGAGGAUGCCAAUGGCACACAUGGAUGAUGCGAGAUGGUGAGCUGCGGCUGGAUAUGGUCCUUCUCACUUCAAGAGCUGUGACAUGUAAGCGCUCUGAGAGCCGAAAGGCGACCGGAAGCCGGCUUACAACUUGGAACAAACGUUUCAUCAAGAACAGCUGUAUGAAUCACUUUCGGUAGAGGGUGCGGGGCAUUUUUUGGCCAUUUCCAGGGCCGUCCCUCGCUUCCUUUUCCCAUUGACCAACAUGGCACCGAGUGAGGUA